UAUGAAGAAUUCCAUUGUGUUAAAAUAUUUUGAUAAUUAAACGAAAAAAUGUGUAUCACAACAUUGUAAUCAAUUCAAAUUUGUAGUUGUUAUAAUUUUUUUUGUUUGUUCAUUUAAAGAUUAAUUUAUUCGUAAUAUGAUAAAUAAACUACAAUUCAAACUAUGGGUGCUGAGGUUCUGUUUGAAAAUAGUGUAUCCAAAGUUCAAUUUCUACACAUUCCUCGUAUUCCUAACAAUAAAACAUAGAAUUUGGUAUGAAAGAAGAUUACGUGGAGCUAAAAUAAUGGAUCACUUCACUAUUAAAAGCGUACCAGCGCACAUCGUGCAAUCACUUGUGAAAAAUAAUUUGGAUAAUAAUCCAGCUAUCGUUUUAAACAAAUGCAUUGUUAUCUCUAAAGAACAGUAUAUACAGUUGGCUAGUGAGAACUUGUUUUACGUAGACAGAGGUGUUCUUUGGCUUUCUUUAAAAUUGAGCACAAACUAUAAAAACAAGCACAAACGUAAAAAACAGCACAACACCAAAGAACAUUUACAUAAAUUUGCUUUUAUGACUUCUGAAAUACACAAAAAGUUAUGGGCCGAUAGAACAGCAGAUGAUAUUGAGAACAUUAGAAUAGUCCCUGUUGUUGGAUCUAAAUUGCUCAAACCUGACAUUGGUUUUGUGACAGAAAAUGAAUUACACAACAUGUCCUCAUGUUUUGGAUUGAAUGAUUUUAAUGAUAUUGAAAUAACUUUUCACCCUGUACCUUCAUUAUUAUGCUCACCAAAAAUUGCCAUUACUGCUGAAGUUAGCUUACUUUUGAAUGAUUAUGAUUUAGACAAUGAUUUCACCAAGGAGGUUCUAACUAACCAUUUUGAAAUUCCAAGACUGGUCAGUAUUAAUGAUGUGUUUAGCAUUGAACUAACACCAACAAUGACAACCAAAUAUCAUUGUAAAUAUUUAGAUCUGGUAGAGUCUACUGGAAAACUUUAUUUUAAAUGUACAAAGCUAACAAGUGAUUUAGAAAUAGAUGGAAACCCCACAACCAGUAAUAACAAAGUAAUUAAACCAUAUUUUAUUAUCAGACGUGUGACCCAACUAACUUUAGGAGAGAAUAUUCAUGCAACAAAGCCACAAGAUAAAUAUUUCAAGCCACAAGGAUUUGAUGAUAAUUUACACAUGCUAGAACUCUGCCCAACUGGCUUAAAGCAUAUUUUUAAUCAAAUUCAAGAGACCAUUUCACCAUUUUUAAAUGAAGAUUUAAGUGACCUCUCAUUGUUUUUAUCAAGUCCGAUUAUACCAAUGCUAGCCUUAACCGGCUGUUUGGGGUCUGGAAGACACUUAGUUGUAAAAACAUUAGCAAAAUAUAAUGGAAUUAAUUGCCUCUCUAUUGAUUGCAAUGCAUUACAAAGCUCAACAGCUAAGCAGACUGAAAGUAAAAUUAAUGCAACCAUACAAAAGGCAAAGGCCGCAGCACCUGUCAUUGUGUUACUAGAUAAUUUUGAGGUAUUUGCAAUAGAUGCAGAAAACAAUGAGGACUGUAGAGUGAUUGAAUACUUUAUGAACACAAUCACUGAUUUAUAUCAGAACUACACAAAGCACCCUAUCAUAUUCAUUGCUGUGACGAAAGACAUAGAAUUUAAACCGAACAUAAGUAGGCUGUUUCUAGAAAAGUUUCACAUACCGAAAUUGAAUCUUAGACAGAGAUAUGAGAUGCUAGACUGGUUUUCCAACGUAAUGAGACUAAAUAUAGAUGGUGCAGAGCAUGUGAAAGCAAAUGAGUUAUUAGUAAAACAAACACCAGUGAAUGUAAAUAGUCAGAAUGUUUUACAAAGGGUGGCAGCGAAGACUGAAACGUUUUUGUAUGGCGAUUUGGACACAUUAGUGCACUUCGCGACUAGAGAGUCGUAUUUGAGGCAGCACAAUAAUUAUAAUCAACUACCGCCCGAUCCUGACUUGCGGUUAAUAAAGGAAGAAGAUUUUAACUCGGCUUUAGAAUCAAUAAGAAAGCUACAAAGUCAACAUUUGGACGCGCCGAAAAUACCUAAAGUGUACUGGGAUGAUAUCGGAGGGUUGGAGAAACUAAAAAAGGAAUUACUUAAGACAAUACAGCUUCCUAUUAAAUACCCACACUUGUUCAAAAACGCGAGCCUCAAAAGAUCAGGCAUACUGUUGUACGGGCCUCCAGGUUGUGGAAAAACGUUAGUAGCAAAAGCAGUAAGCACGGAGUUGAAUGUGAGCUUUCUCAGUGUCAAAGGUCCCGAGCUACUAAAUAUGUACAUCGGUCAGUCCGAAGAGAAUGUUAGAAAAGUCUUCGAGUCUGCACGCGCAUCAUCUCCGUGCAUAAUAUUCGUGGACGAGCUGGACGCGCUGGCGCCGCGCCGCGGGGCCGCCGGGGACUCCGCCGGAGCCAGCGACCGCGUCGUCAGCCAACUGCUCGCUGAACUCGACGGGGUCAAUACCUCGGGAGAUGAAGACACGUCCAGUUUCGUGUUCAUAAUGGGCGCAACGAACCGGCCCGAUUUACUCGAACAAUCUCUGCUGCGGCCCGGCAGACUGGAUAAGCUCGUCUACGUGGGGCCCUACUGUGGGACGCGAGAGAAGACAUCAGUGCUCGAAGCGCUUUGUAGGAAGUACAAACUAAGACCCGAAGUGAAUUUGGAAGCCGUCGCAGAGGCACUACCCGACAAGUGCACCGGCGCUGACUUACUGCAGGUUGUCUCUACUGCACGGUCAGCGGCCGUGAGAGCACUCGUUGCUAAGUUACACAAUGGAACGUUAAAGGAAAGCGAGCUGAGCCCCGACUCCAUCGUUAUAGGGGUAACUGAACUAUGGGAGGGCGUUGUAUCAUUCCGGCCCUCGGUCACAGACGAUGAACUGUCGCAUUACGAAGCGAUGGAAUCACAAAUGUGAAAUAAACCGUUUUCUAGUCUACUGGUCUUUUUAUUAAUAUAUGUAUUUUGUUUUAUUUUUGCGUUU